AGAUAAUGUUCCUUUCCACAAAUUCUUUAAUUCAACUGAGGUGUAACAUUGUGCUGCAAGCCAAUCAAUACAGUAAUUUAAGUCCUUUCAACUAUAAUGGAAAAGUAUGAAAAAUUAGCUAAGAUUGGAGAAGGGUCCUAUGGGGUUGUAUUCAAAUGCAGAAACAAAACCUCUGGACAAGUGGUAGCUAUUAAAAAAUUUGUGGAAUCUGAAGAUGAUCCAGUUGUUAAGAAAAUAGCACUAAGAGAAAUACGUAUGUUGAAGCAAUUAAAACACCCAAACCUUGUGAACCUCAUUGAGGUGUUCAGGAGAAAAAGGAAAAUGCAUUUAGUUUUUGAAUACUGUGAUCACACACUUUUAAAUGAACUGGAAAGAAACCCCAAAGGAGUUGCUGAUGGAGUGAUCAAAAGUGUAUUAUGGCAAACACUUCAAGCUCUUAAUUUCUGUCAUAAACAUAACUGUAUUCACAGAGAUGUAAAACCUGAAAAUAUUUUAAUAACUAAGCAAGGAAUAAUCAAGAUCUGUGACUUUGGGUUUGCACGAAUUCUGAUUCCAGGAGCCGCCUACACCGAUUACGUGGCGACACGAUGGUACCGAGCUCCUGAACUUCUUGUGGGAGAUACACAGUACGGUUCUUCCGUAGAUGUGUGGGCCACUGGUUGUGUUUCUGCAGAGCUUCUGACAGGCCAGCCACUCUGGCCUGGAAAAUCAGAUGUGGACCAGCUUUAUCUGAUCAUCAGAACACUGGGAAAACUAAUCCUAAGACAUCAAUCUAUCUUCAAAAGUAACCAGUUUUUCCAUGGCAUCAGUAUUCCUGAGCCAGAAGACAUGGAAACUCUUGAAGAAAAGUUCUCGGAUGCUCAUCCCAUGUCUUUGAAUUUCAUGAAGGAGUGUUUGAAGAUGAAUCCUGAUGACAGAUUAACCUGUGCCCAACUCCUGGAGAGCCCCUACUUUGAUUCUUUUCAUGAGGACCAAAUUAAAAGAAAAGCACGUACUGAAGGAAGAAACAGAAGACGCCAGCAGAAUCAACUGUUGCCUCUCAUACCAGGAAGCCACAUCUCCCCCACACCUGAUGGAAGAAAACAAGUCCUCCAGUUAAAAUUUGAUCAUCUUCCAAACAUUUAGGAAAAUGUUCUUUCAAGUGGAAAGUAACUUAAUAUGUACACAUUUUUGUACAAGAGAGAUAGGAAUUCUCAGUGUUUCAAAUGCAAAUGAGCCAUAUGAAAAUUAAGAUGCCUUCUAGAAUUGUUUUGCUCUGAUCAUUACUGAUUCCUCUGCCUGUGCUUUUUACAUGCCAACUUUAUCUUUUAGAACAUUUUCUUUAAAUGUUAUAGAGUCUGAAACUGCACAUACGGAGGAGACAUUUCCAUUUCAUCAGAGCAGCCCCUCCCGAGGCAAUUUAUAGUGAGAAUUUGUGGGCUUGUACGUUGAUUUUUGGAAAAGAUUUACAUAUGUCAUUUUGGUUUACCUGACCAC